UGGUUUUCCUGAAGAGGGUGAAAAUCAGAGGAGCAGCAGCAGCAGCUGAAAUAAGAUGUCCGGAAGAGAAGUCCGGGAGUACACCAAUCUGUCGGAUCCCAAAGAUAAGAAAUUGGGGAAGGGGAAAGAUCGAAUCGACGAUGAAGACAUCACUUUUCAACGCAUGGUUGCUAAGAUGCAAGAGGUUGCAGGAGAUCGUGGUGGCUACCUUCAUGGCCGUGGCGCCUUGGACAGUGAUGAUCUGCUCUAUCUCAAAGAGCAGAUGGAAGCAGAAGAGGAUGCAGAACGUUUAUUACGUCGCACUGAAAAACGAGCAUUUGCUGCUUUUAAAAAAGCUGCAAGUUUAGCUGAUUCUUCUCCAGCUACAGUUCCAUUACCGCUGCGUGUUGAGCCAAAGACAAAAACUGGAAUAAGACAACAAGAUCUACUGAAAAAUGUGGUGGAAGUCAAACCUAAGCGACAAAAGGUUUCAACACAAGCUGCUGCUGCGUCCACAGACGAAAAAAAUCCGCCAACCGUUGAAAACAAUCCCAUAAAAAGCUUGCUUGCAGCGUAUGCGAGUUCAGAUGACGAUGAAGAAGAUUGAAAGUUGAUGAAGCAAGUAAUAUAUAUAUGUUUUUAUACCUUGUCUGGCAUGGAAAUGUUUCUAGAUUUCUUUGUUGAUGAUUCUUGAUUUUAGUAAGCAUAGGGGUGUGUUCAAACUUACCAGACCAGGACC